UUUUCUGCCACCAAUCGACAUUGAUACCCCCCCCGUGCUUUGUUGCUUGUUGGCCUGUACUUAUUUCCUUUUGGCUUCUUUUCCUCUUCUUGAGAUACCCCCCACAAACAAACGAGAUACCCAAUCCUAUUUUUUUGCGGAUUUAUAACCACUUUUAUUGUAAUAAUCCCCUUCCUCAAAGUAACAGCCCGAAGAGCUCUCCCUCAAGCUUCAAAGGGUACAAAAAGGGUAAAAAACACACACACACAACCACAGGUCAAGGAACGUUGUCAUCUAGAUCCUGCUAGACAGACACACGCGAACUUCUUACCUUGAAACAUCACCAUCUCAUCGAGUCAAGUCAUGUCUGAAGCUCAAAAGCCCGUCGAGGAGACCCCCGUUGCUCCUCCAGCCGCGGAGACCGCUGCUCCUACCACCGAAGCCCAGCCUCCAGCUGCUGAAGCUCCAAAGGACGCCCCCGCCGAGCCCGAGGAGCCAGCCAAGGAGGAACAGAAGGCAGAGGUGACUCCCGCGACCGAUGGCGUGCUCGGCCACAAGGCACCCGGCUUGGUCAAGAGCCUUCGUUUCUCUAAGCGCUACUUCUGGUUCAGCGACGAUGCUGUCGAGGUCUCCAAGCUCAGCACCUACUUCCAGAACGAGAAGCUGAGCAUCGCCCACCCAACCGCCGCCUGGGCUAGCCAGACCGGAAAGGGCCUGCUCUUCAUCGCCAAGCGUGCCGAGGACAAGGCUCACCCUACCGGAAUGAUCAACUUGGCCGAGGUCUCCGAUAUUGCCAAGGAAGGUUCCAACGAAUUGACCUUCAAGUGGAACGGCCACAAGCAUGCUUUCCAGGCAACCUCCGGCGACGAGCGUGACAGCUGGUUCGCCACUAUCGAAGCCAAGUCUGCUGAAGGCAAGGCUGAAAAGGAAACCAUCGUCGGUAGUGACGGAUAUAAGGCCGAACUCGAGAAGCUGACUGCUAAACCCGCAGCUGCCACGGUCGCCCCUAGCUCGCCAAAGAAGAGCCUUGAGGCCAAGGGCAAGGAUGCUACGAAGAAGCCCGAGGGCGAAGAAGCCAAGGCAAAGAGCCGCUCCCAGUCUCGCAAGCGCGCAAGCAUCUUCGGAAACAUCCUAGGCAAGAAGGAUGAGGGAGAGGCUAAAAAGGAAGAACCUAAGACGGAGGACAAGGCAGAGGGAGAGGAUGCUAAGAAGCCUGAGGCGGAAACCCCUGCUGAAGAGCCUGCCGCUGCCGCCGCCACUACCGAGGCCGAAACUCCUGCUGAGACCACUGAAGCUGCUCCAGCUACGGAAGCCAAGCAGGAAGAGCCCAAGCGACCUGAGGCCAAGGCUAAGCGCAGCUCCGUUUUCGGAAGCUUCCUCCAGAAGGUCACCAACCAGGGCCACGGCAAGGCUGACAAGGAGCCUGCAGCCAAGCCAGCAGAGACCACCACCACCGUCUCUAGCACCGCUCCACAGCUCGGUGACCCAGUCAACCCUGAUGCGUCUGAGCCAAUUCAGCCUGAGAGCGUGACUCAGCCAGAGGCCAAUGAGCCUGCUAAGGAGACACAAGAAGAGCCCGCAACUUCUCCAUCUUCUAUCAAGGGUGGAUUCCUUAACUUCAUCAAGAAGGAUAAGCACGAGGAGAAGAAGGAGGCUAAGCCUGAGGACAAAUCCGACAAGAAGCCAGAGGAUGCCCCUGCUGCUGAGGAACCAGCUGCCCCUGAACAGGCAACCGGUGCCACGUUGAAGGAAAAGAGACGUACUUCGUUCUUCGGAAACUUCGGUACCAAGAAGGAGAAGAAGGUCGAGGCUGCUGAGGGUGAGCAGGCCGAGGGUGAACAGGCAAAGGCCCGGUCCCCAUCUAUCCCAAGACUUGGUGGCCUCUUCCGCAAACCAAGCAAGGCGGUCAAGAAGGACAAGGAAGUUGCCCCUGCUCCUGCUGAGGGUGAAGCUCCCGCCGAGAACACCGAAAUCACUGAGAUCAAGGAGACGACUGAAACCGCCACCCCAGCUGUAAAUGGAGCCGAGACCUCUGAGAACAAGCCUGCCGAACCUGCCGCACCCGCUGCACAGCCCGUCCAGGCUGCUGCUUGA